AUUACGAGUCCGGUAUCCUGCAGAUGAGGUACCCUGUCUGGCCACGUUAUGGGACCUUCCUGGAGCCUGUGUCUGAUAACCGUCACUUGACAGUGGCCACACUGGAGGAAAGGCCUUUUGUGAUUGUAGAAGCUGUGGAUCCUGUUACUGGCACCUGUCUCAGUAACACCGUCCCCUGCAGACGGCAGUCCAACAAGACAGAGACGAUAGUCGGACACACUGAACCUUACACCAAACUAUGCUGCAAAGGCUUCUGCAUAGACAUCCUGAAAAAGCUCUCUCGCAACAUCAAGUUCUCCUAUGACCUCUACCUGGUCACCAAUGGCAAACAUGGCAAGCUGGUACGAGGGAUCUGGAACGGUAUGAUCGGAGAGGUGUUUUAUAAGCGAGCGGACAUGGCCAUUGGCUCUCUGACCAUAAAUGAGGAGCGCUCGGAAAUCAUUGACUUCUCUGUGCCGUUUGUGGAGACUGGCAUCAGUGUGAUGGUGGCCAGGAGCAAUGGAACCGUGUCUCCAUCAGCCUUCCUGGAACCCUACAGCCCAGCGGUGUGGGUGAUGAUGUUUGUCAUGUGUCUUACAGUCGUGGCAGUGACUGUGUUCGUCUUCGAAUACUUUAGUCCUGUGGGCUACAACCGCAGCCUGGUCAGUGCCAAAGAUCCAGGUGGGCCGACGUUCACCAUUGGGAAGUCGGUCUGGCUGCUGUGGGGCAUCGUCUUCAACAACUCAGUGCCCAUUGAAAACCCCAAAGGCACCACCAGUAAGAUCAUGGUGCUGGUGUGGGCUUUCUUUGCCGUGAUCUUCCUGGCCAGCUACACAGCCAACCUGGCAGCCUUCAUGAUCCAGGAGCAGUACAUCGACACUGUUUCUGGACUGAGUGACAAGAAGUUCCAGAAACCACAAGACCAAUAUCCUCCAUUCCGGUUUGGGACCGUGCCCAAUGGCAGCACAGAACGAAACAUAAGGAGCAAUUAUCCCGAAAUGCAUUCCCACAUGGUUAAGUACAACCAGAAAGGUGUGGAGGAUGCGCUCAACAGCCUCAAAACUGGGAAGCUGGACGCCUUCAUAUACGAUGCAGCUGUGCUUAACUACAUGGCCGGUAAAGAUGAAGGGUGUAAAUUGGUGACAAUCGGUAGUGGGAAGGUAUUUGCAACAACAGGCUACGGUAUUGCUCUCCAGAAAGAAUCUCGCUGGAAGCGCCCCAUAGACCUCGCUCUUCUCCAGUUCCUUGCUGAUGGUGAUACUCAGAACCUCCAGACAGUGUGGCUCACUGGUAUCUGUCGUAACGAGAGGAAGGAGGUGAUGAGCUCUAAGCUUGACAUUGACAACAUGGCUGGAGUGUUUUACAUGCUUCUAGUGGCUAUGGGUCUCAGUCUGCUGGUCUUUGCCUGGGAACAUCUACUGUACUGGAAGCUACGGCAUUCUGUCCGCAAGUCUGAGCGCUUGGACUUCCUGCUGGCCAUUAGCAGGGGUAUCUACAGCUGCUUCAAUGGUGUGGAGGACAUGGACCGUAAAGGGAACAUGCAGAGCCCAGAUGUCACCACCAGUUACACUCAGGCCAACAUGCUGAAGAUGCUCCAAACCGCAAAGGACAUUGUCUCAUCUGCGAGAGUUGAAAACUCCCUGGACAAUGCUACAAAGACCAUUGAGAACUGGGGUCGACGUGAUCCAGAGUCAGCCAGACCUAGCCUUCCUACCUGCCUCAUAGGGACGGACUUCAGCCAUAGCCGCCUGCCCUGCAUUGCCAGCGUUACGGACAACCACUCACCAUACCCUCAAAACAUGGAUAGCACCACUCAGCACUUGCUGGAGAAGCCUCAUGUGGGAACACGGCCUACCUCACUGCGCUACACUCUUCCCACACGUACCACCCACCACCACAUCUAUGAACGAACGCUACCCAUAUCUAGCCUCAGCAGUCCCCAUAUUGCCAUGAGAGACCCACCACCUCCUACAGCCCCGAAACCCCACAUGUAUGUGGACCAGUCCUGUCACCACCCUACCUCUCGCUACGUCUCUUACCGUGACUUUCAGGUACCAGACAUCUUUGUGGAACAUCAGGAACCUUCGGGAAGCCAUAAACAAUACUUGGCAGGUCUGGGUCGCAAAAAGAGGUCCCACAGCUACGUAGCAGCAUCUCCGGAAACUAGACGAAGGGACGACUAUGAUGUUCCCCAGUCUUGUCUGGCUGAGCUAAAAAGCAAUCACCUUGUGGAAAACCAUUCCCAUACCACACCCUGCAUGAGAAGCCACUUCCAGAGACCCGGCUCUAGCUGCAAUUCCUGCACAAAGCUGUAUCUAGAACCGGAGAUGGAUGACGUUCCUCUUCUGGGGAAAGAUAAAAUGAACCGCCGCGCCUCUUUUCUCAGGGCCACGUGGGGUGGUGACAGGAUCCGGGAGCUGGAUGAGAAGCCCGCCACCUCUGCAUCCUCUACCAGUUGUAUCAACAUGCCCGAUCUGUUCCCUCGAGUGGUGGUGACCAAUCCCAAGCCUUUGAAGAUGUACGGCAACACUGGUAACAACCUACGCAACAACAUGGCUGUGGAGCCAGCCUAUCUGGAUCCAGCCCACAUGGGCUCCUACCCGUACAAGCCACAAAAGUUCAAGCAUUCAAAGUCCAUCCGCCUUCCUUCAUACCGGGAGGCGAUUCUGCAGAAUACGGCAGCCCUUCGGCGCUCCUCUUCCACACUAGUGCACGGACACUACUCAACAUACCUGAACUCUUAUACAGACCUGCCGGUGUAUUUGGGUCCUCUACCACAAGGACCCACUCAUUUCCAUGAUCAUUCCAAAGACACGUGCCACCUGUUUCCAUGCGCCAACCAUUGCCCAGAAAAUGCCGCCUUGGUUCCCCGGUUAGGCAGCAGACAUGUAUUGUACCAGAGCACUGCUAUUGGAGGCUACGAGGGGCCCAGGCGCUCAAACGAGGAGACAUUGCACGCUUUACCAGUCACUUCCGUGCGCAGGGACCGCAGGCAGGUUCUAGUGGCACGGAAUGUACACAGUCCCUAUGCCCCACGGCCCUGGGGUAGGGUAUCUAGUCUGGAGUCAGAGGUUUGAAGACCUUUUAAGAGAUCUCCAAAGACAGUUUCCCCCAAGCAGUGAGGGAGAAACGCUGGGAACUGUUAAACGAAGUCAAGCAAAAAAGAUGAAGGUGGACUAGAGGUGGUUAUCUCAGUGCAAUAAUACCCUCAGACAGCAGGGAUGGGAUGGUGGAAUGUACAGGUGAUUACUGUGGAGACUUGUUUCAGUAUAAAAAAGAGAGUUAAAAAUAAUGAACUGUUCUUAAUCUAUAAUAUAUUGAUUGUUAUUUAGACCGUUUUUAAAUGCCAUUACACUCAUCCUCUGCAAACAAUUGGAUGUAGCAUGUUUUAAGGCAGCUUUAAAACCAAAAGGGUUUGAAUUGAAAAUCUGUUUUUUAUUUAUGCCAGGGCAUUCAACCAUUUUAAAUCUGGAGAACCACUGGAGAAUUUUAUAACAUAGCCACACAAAAACGUCUUCCAAGAAUUUUCUAAAUCCAGGGGUUUGAGAAAGCCAUUAAUUGUCCAAUUUUGUCACUCCACCAAUGUAAUUCAGAUCUGAUUUCAAGAAUGGUGAAGAAUUGAUUUGCCAUCUGUUGAUCCACAGCAAUUUCACUGUUUAAUAAAUGAUGGGAUGGC